CGAAAUUUUCCCCGGCAAAAUGGAGCCCCAGGCUUCGAAAGAGAUCAACAUCAUCGUCAAAUGGAGCGGCAAGGAGUAUCCGAUUGAGGACCUCACGGAUCACGAUACCGUUGCGGUGCUGAAGCACGAAAUCUUCAAGAAGACUCAGGUCAAGCCGGAACGGCAGAAGCUGCUCAACUUGAAAUACAAAGGCAAAUUUGCAACCGAUGAGGUACGCCUCGGUCUUUUGGAGCUGAAGGUCAAUUUCAAACUGAUGAUGGUUGGCUCGUUGGAGGCGGAUAUCGAAGAAGCGUCCUCCAAGCCCGACGACAUUGGUAACGUCGUGAACGACUUGGACAAUGAUGACGACGAUAAGGUACCACUGGAGAACAAGGAAAUCUACUUGGCCAAAAUCAACAAACGUGUUCGGGAAUACAAAAUAAACGAGCUGAAUCCCCCGCGCGAGGGAAAGCGUCUGCUAGUACUGGACAUCGAUUACACACUGUUCGAUCAUCGUUCGGCUGCAGAGAACGGCGCAGAGCUUAUGCGACCUUAUCUACACGAGUUUCUCACUUCCGCGUAUCAGCAUUAUGACAUUGCUAUUUGGUCGGCCACAUCGAUGAAGUGGAUUGUUGAAAAGAUGAAGCUUCUAGGAGUGACCUCCCAUUCCGACUAUAAGCUGGUGUUCAUGCUGGACUCGGAAGCGAUGAUCACGGUCCAUUGUCCGGUGCGGGGAGUGAUAGAGGUCAAACCUCUGGGAGUGAUAUGGGGCAAAUACGAGCAGUACUCAUCGAAGAACACUAUCAUGUUCGACGAUCUGCGGCGAAAUUUUUUGAUGAACCCCAAGUCCGGCCUGAGGAUCAAACCUUUCGCCGAAGCCCAUUUGAACCGUCAUAAAGACAAAGAGCUGAUGAAGCUGUCAAAGUAUCUCAAAGAUAUUGCUGACAAUUGCAACGACUUCAACGAACUGAACCACAAAAAAUGGGAAAGCUAUAAGCCGAAGAAGCGCCGUGAAACGAGUGAUGAUUGAAGAUUAGGGGGGUGGUUGAUUGCAGAGGAUGGCCUUAUUCCAUGAAUGCUUUAAUUGAAUAAUUUCUGAAUAGUUAUUAAUAACGAAUAAAAGCUAAUGCAUUUGAA